AUGGUUAAAACAAGAUUCGUCUGCGUAUCCGACACCCACGGGUACGGGACACGCGAGGCGGCGUUCAGACUGCCCAAGGGAGAUGUCCUGAUUCAUGCUGGAGAUAUCACCAACAAAGGAACGGUAGAGGAGUUCCGCAAGUCGGCUCAGUGGAUCAAAGAGGCAGACUUUGAAGUCAAAAUCGUUAUUGCAGGCAAUCAUGAUGCUCCGUUGGAUAAGGAGUUCUACUCGCAUCACAAGGAGUUCUUCCAUGGAAAGGCGGCCGUUUCUUCCGAUACAUGCCUUGAACUUAUCUCCGCCGAGGGGAUAACUUACUUGGACCAUACAUCCAAGACCAUCCGCCUUAAGCGCAAGAACGGGCCAAAGACGAUGUUCAAGGUGUUUGGCUCAGCUCGACACCCCACCAGCACUCGCAGGAUCCUUGGAUGGAAUGCACCUUUUGGUUACUCUGUCGACUCGCCAGAUGAUGCACGUCAAUGGUGGAGCCAUAUCCCAUCUGAUGCAGACGUUGUUGUUACCCAUACCCCAGCUAAAGGUCAUCUUGACUUGACUGCUCGUCAUGGCAACAUCGGGUGUGAGUACCUUCGCCAGACUCUGUGGAAAAUUCGACCCAGACUCUCUAUCUGUGGCCAUGUUCAUGAGGCUAGAGGGUAUGAAAGAGUCAAAUGGGAUAUCAACAAUACCGAAGCUGGAGAUUUUGGCGAAAUCAGCACGACGACUGGCACCUUACCCCCUCGUGAGAGCAAGAAAAUGUCCCGCAUUGAUUUGACUGGCAGGACAUACCCCAGACUGGCAAAUGAAGGACCCAUGGAUCCAGCAAGAAAUGAAACUUGCUUCAUCAAUGCUGCUAUCCUGGCAACUCAUUAUCCUCACGUAGGAGGGCGCAAAUUCAACGCCCCAAUCGUGAUCGAUAUCGACCUCCCGCUUGAUAACGAGCAGGAAUCAGAACAAAAUUAA